GUGAUUCCAUAUAAGUUGAGGCAAGUUCUUGAAAAUUUUUUCAUUUUAAAAUAAUUUUCAAAGCAAUUUUGAAAUUCUAAAGAAACAGAAACAAAAAGAAAAAUUGAUUCGCCUAUGGCUGAGUCAGAAUUAAAUAUUGAUAAUUUAAUAUCGAGGUUACUUGAAAAUUUUAAACGUUUAAAAGAAGUUGAGUUGCCAAAGGCGUCUUCAACAGAAGAUGUUAUUCAUCAGAAUGGUGAUACUAUACAGCUUAUAAGGUAUCCUAAGGAAGAAUGCAAGAAAAAAAGAUUAAGGGAUUAUUUUGUUUCAGAAUUUGUUCGAGGAUGUCGUACUAAUAAACCAGUUGUUAUGAAUGAAAAUGAACUACGAUGUUUAUGUUUGAAAGCAAGAGAAAUUUUUUUACAACAACCAAUUCUUUUGGAAUUGGAAGCACCUCUUAUAAUAUGCGGUGAUAUACAUGGACAAUUUACAGAUCUUUUGCGAUUAUUUGAACAUGGAGGUUUUCCACCUACUUCAAAUUAUUUAUUUCUUGGUGAUUAUGUUGAUCGAGGUAAACAAUCAUUAGAAACAGUAUGUUUAUUAUUGGCAUAUAAAAUAAAAUAUCCAGAAAAUUUUUUUUUAUUACGUGGAAAUCAUGAAUGUGCUAGCAUCAAUAGAAUUUAUGGUUUCUAUGAUGAAUGCAAACGGAGAUAUAAUAUUAAAUUAUGGAAAACUUUUACAGAUUGUUUUAAUUGUUUACCGGUAGCGGCACUAAUAGAUGAUAAAAUAUUUUGCUGUCAUGGUGGUUUAUCACCAGAAUUGGAUAAUUUUGAUCAAAUAAAAAGUAUACCACGUCCAAUUGAUAUACCAGAUGCUGGAUUUUUAUGUGAUUUAUUAUGGAGUGAUCCAGAAAAAGAUAGUCAAGGUUGGAAAGAAAAUGAUCGUGGCGUCAGUUUUACAUUUGGCGCAGACGUUGUUCAGAAAUUUUUAUCUAAACAUGAUUUAGAUUUAAUUUGUAGAGCUCACCAGGUGGUUGAAGAUGGUUAUGAAUUUUUUGCGAAUCGUCAACUUGUUACUUUAUUUUCUGCUCCAAAUUAUUGUGGUGAAUUUGAUAAUGCUGGUGGUAUGAUGACUGUAGAUGAAAGUUUAAUGUGCUCUUUUCAAAUACUUAAACCUUCAGAGAAAAAAUUAAAAUAUGUUCUCAGUAGUAGUAACAAUAAUAAUAACAACAAUAAUAGUUCCAGUGGCACCAAAGGACCCAUUAAUCAAAAAGCUUUCACUUCCGAUUCGAGUUUGAAAUAAAUAAAUUUGAAUCAUAUAUAAAAUAAAUAUAUAUAUAUAUAUAUACAUAUAAUAAAAUUUAAAGUGUAUUUCACCGGAAGUCAAUUAUGUAACCAUAUGAAUUCAUUAUAGAUAAAAUUUAUUUUUGAAAUCAUUAAAUAAAUAAAAGAGAAAUAAUAACAUAUUUUUCAGCAUUAAA